GAUAGUGGGAAUGCCACACUAUAAAUAUUGCUUUCUCAGUUCCAAGAAUCAAUCAAAGUUUUAUCUGAACCAUGAAAGUGAUUUUAGUUACGCUUAUUAUUUGCUUGGCCCGAUGCAGGGCGUUUGAUGUGGCGAAUUGUUCUCCAGGAGACCAGGGGGCUACUUCCAAUCCGUUAUACUAUUAUCAGUGUUUGGCCCCAGGGGUGGCAGUUCAGCUGAAAUGCCCUCCAGGGCAAUAUUUCGACGACACUGAAGGAUCAUGUAUUGCAGGAGUCCCUCCAAGUACCAAUUCGCCUUCUACUCCAACUUCUACCACAACACCAUCUAAUACAACAGCUUCUUCUCCGACAACGCCGACCGAAACCAACUCUACGGUAACAGUCCCUACAGAGAAACCAACCAGCACUGAGAGCACGAAUGAAACUGAAUCCUCGACGGUGUCUACUGAUAGUCCAACUGAGUCUUCAACUGAAUCUUCAACUGAACCUUCGACUGAAAGUUCAACUGAAUCUGAAAUAUCAACUGAAUCUUCAACCAGUUCUUCAUCAAGUGGUGGUGCACCGACUCCUGCUACUCAACCUCCUACUCCUGGAAAUGGAGGCUCCGGAUCUGAUACGACAUCUGCAUCUGGUGCUCCUACUCCUGCAACACAACCACCAACACCUCCGCCUGGUGCAUAAGGCUCUACAUGCUGCGGCAAUAACGAAUACUUAAAAUAUAAUGAACGUUGAAUAAAUUAUAGUCUAAUAGUGUC